AUGGCUCUUUCGGUUACUAAAAAUUUGCUAGGACUGGAAGAAGUCACUUCGGAGUUUUACAGAAUUUUAUAUUCUCUUUCCAGUGAAGUUGAUAAAGUCCUGGCUGGCCUGGAAAUAUUAUCCAAAAUAUUUGACCAACAAAGUUCUCCAUUGUUGACACGGCUUAUCCAGCAGGCUAGCAGUCAGGGUGGCGAUCAGGAGUUGGAAAAUCUAGUUGUGAAGCUCUCUGUCCUGAAGGACCUCCUGUCAUCUAUGGAGCGCAAGGCAUUGAAAGCACUACAGGAGAUGAGUUCCUGCCCCAGCUUCACGUCGCAGUCUUCGAUGUUCUCUCACACAGCACCUCGGAAGGCGAAGAGUAUUCCUGUGCAAGCAUUUGAGGUGAAACUGGAUGUGAACCUGACUGAUUUAACAAAGAUUGGUAAAUCACAGAAGUAUCUACUUAGUGUGGACGUGGAGGGAGGAAAGCUAGUGGUACAGAAGAAAUCCAAGGAUCCACAAGAGGACUGGAAUACGUUUACAUAUGAUAAGAUUCGGCAGUUGAUAAAAUCGCAACGUGUCCACAGCAAACUGGGAAUAGUGUUCGAGAAAGAGAAGGAUAAAACACAGAGAAAGGAUUUCAUCUUUGAAACUACAAGGAAACGAGAGGCCUUUUGCCAACUCUUGCAGCUUAUGAAGAACAAGCAUUCCAAGCAGGAUGAACCGGACAUGAUCUCUAUCUUCAUUGGCACUUGGAACAUGGGAAGUGCACCCCCUCCAAAAAUCUUGGCUUCCUGGCUGAUAUCCAAGGGACUUGGGAAAACUCUGGAUGAAACAACAGUCACCAUUCCACAUGACAUCUAUGUUAUUGGAACUCAGGAAAAUUCUGUCGCAGACAAAGAGUGGGUGGACUUCGUACGGGCCAGUUUGAAAGAAUGCACUGACUUGGACUUUAAACCGAUUGCAAUGCAGACACUUUGGAACAUUAAAAUUGUAGUCCUGGUUAAGCCGGAACAUGAGAACCGGAUCAGCCACAUCAGUACCUCAAGUGUGAAAACUGGAAUAGCCAAUACAUUGGAGGAAAAUCGAAAUGACCUGAAAGAGUUAUUGCAAUUCUAUUGGGAGAUAUAUGGGAAUACUCGGGAAAGUACUAAUCUAAUUAAGUAUGAUGUAGAGAUAGGAAAUGCUGUUCCAAUUAAGAAAUAUCCUCUCACAUUUAGCUGUCUAAAGCUGGCACAGGACAUACUCAAUUACAUUAACAGGAAAGAGUUUGAGCCUCUUCAGAAAGUUGACCAGCUGAACUUGGAGAAGGAGAAAAACAAAAUAUUUCUUCGAUUUUAUGAAGAGGAGAUCACAUUCCCUCCGACAUAUCGAUAUGAACGAGGAUCCCGGGACGUAUACGUUUGCCACAAACAGAAGCCCACUGGGGUCCGCACAAAUGUUCCAUCGUGGUGCGACAGAAUUUUGUGGAAAUCGUACCCGGAGACCCACAUCAUUUGUAAUUCAUAUGGUUGCACGGACGAUAUUGUGACAAGUGACCACUCGCCAGCCUUUGGCACUUUCGAAGUUGGUGUGACAUCACAGUUUGUAUCCAAAAAGGGUCUCUCCAAAACAUCUGACCAGGCUUACAUUGACUUUGAGAAUAUUGAAGCCAUUGUGAAAACUGCCAGCAGGACUAAGUUCUUCAUUGAGUUCUACUCUACCUGUCUGGAAGAAUUCAAGAAAAGUUCAGAAAAUGAUACGCAAAGCUGUGACAACAUCAACUUUCUGAAGGUUGGCUGGUCUUCAAAGCAACUCCCAACGCUGAAACCAAUUCUGUCAGAUAUUGAAUAUCUUCAGGACCAGCACCUCCUCCUCACUGUCAAAUCGGUGGAUGGUUAUGAAUCCUAUGGGGAGUGCUGCAUUGCAUUGAAGUCAAUGAUUGGCAGUACUGCUCAGCAAUUCCUGACGUCGCUAUCGCACAGAGGAGAGGAAACUGGCAACAUCCGCGGCUCCAUGAAGGUUCGGGUGCCAGCAGAGAGGAUUGGAACUCGGGAACGUCUUUAUGAAUGGAUUAGAGUCGACAAGGAUGAGACUGGAGCAACCAAAGGGAAGCCAGGAUGCCGAAUGAGCCAAGACUUCAAAGCGACGUCAAAGAAGCUGGCCUCUGCAGACAGUGUGGGAAUUCAGCUUGGGAAACCCCUGUGCGAAGAGGUGGAGAAACCCAGUUGUAUUGCCGUGGGGCGUGCACCAGCUCCACUUCCUGGGGCUGCUGCUGAAGACAGAUCAAAGCAGCAAGAGAUUUACUCUGAUGCAGAUGCUCUGUGUUCGAAGAAUAGCUUCAACAACCCAGCUUACUACAUCUUGGAGGGAGUACCGCAUCAGCAAGCUGCACUGCUGUCACCAGAGCACCAGGCUUCAGCCUUUCCCAAGAUAGGACAAAAAAACAAAAACCAGGCAACACUUGGUUCACAAGAUAGGAAACCUAAUCAUUCAGGACGCCUUUCGUUAGCGAGUGAGGAGGGAUCCCUGUCAGAUGACGAAAGUUCAAACCUUAAUCGGCCACCGCCCGAUUACCCCCCUCCUCCUCUCCCCAAGACGGUGGAUGUGGACAUGGUUGAUAAUCCUUUCUAUGCCUCCUCAAAGGAACUCCAGCGACUCAAAACCGGGCCAGCCAGGGACGAGCUAGACCUCAGGAACCCUGGUGCUAAGCACCGGACUUCCGCAGAAUCUUUAGAAGCCAAGGCCUCACUUCCGCCAAAAGCCCACCCUAAGCCGCAGCUGGUCUCCGGCACACCUCACUUGGCCAGCCCCUUUCUGGCUGACCAAUGCAAUACUCCCUACCAAGGCCUUGUCGAUGACCGAUCCUACUCCGCCCUUCAGAUGGCCAAGAGCCUCAGUGAGGUGGACUAUCAAGCGGGCAAGAUUGAGCCUAUACCAAGGAAUCCUCCACUACCGGUGAAAGGCCAGCUUCCCCGAGGGCUGCUCCCUGACUACAGCAGACCCAUCUCCUUCCCUUCACGCUCCAUAAAGGAGAGCAUCGAAGAGGACAUGGCUGAAGAGUCAUCGUGUCAAGCGAGCAGCACUAGCUCCAGUCUGUCUCAUGACUCCAGCGUAGGUAACUGGUUACGUCGCCUAGGCUUGGAGAGAUAUGAAGAUGGGCUGAUCCAUAAUGGCUGGGAUGAUUUAGAGUUUCUGAGUGACAUAACCAAGGACGACCUGGAUGAGGCUGGAGUCACAGACCCCGUACACCAGAACAUUCUCCUGGAGAGUUUACAGCAACUUGGAAAAUAGUCUGCUGGGAUUUUGACGUUUUUUUCAUUAUCACGAAAAAAGUGCCUUAGGGAGACUUUUUCAAAAAGUUGAUAUACAGUAGCUCUGAAACUCAAGCAAUAUUGAAAAAAGGAAAAUAUAAACCCAACUGACCUUUCUGGAUGAGGAAUGUGCUAACUCUCCUGAGCAGUGUUUGUACGACUGACUACAGCAGAGUACAGAGGCUGCCUCCUCUUCCUGCAUAUCCUGUUCUUUCACUCCUCUCUCCACACUGUUGAGUUUCUUCAUCCUUACAGUCCGUGCAAGGGAAUGUAGUGCGUUUUUGUUUCAUUCCGUGAGGAAGUGUUAAGUUAAACCUGUUUUCAUCAUGUUCGUCACAGUAAAGAAAUGCAGUAGCACAGAUCGCUCAAACCGGUGCGUCCUGUUAAUGUGGCUUCUGUAGUUCGUAGACAAGAGAUGGACAGUGCUGAUUCCUCUCACUGUGCAUUGUUUGCUUUAUUUUGAAGCACACCCUGUGGCUAAAAUCUAUCGGGGCCAGUUGCCCAGGAAAGGAGGGAGAAAAUGGUAUCUUCAGGGAAUCUAGAAAUUGCCUUCUCCUCCCUGUGCCUCAAAAAGCUCAUCAUUCCAUUCUGGGGCCCGGAGGAUGAGAUGCUGCUGACCAUCCAUUGGUAUUGUAUCCAUGCUGGAAUUGAGGAAAGAAGGGUCAGGUGUGACAGUGUGUGCAGUGGGAUAUCUCAGAAGUUAGGAUCUGAAUCCUAAGUGUUUCUCAAAAUAGGACCAAUUUGUUCUGAUUCUAGUCAAAUGGAUCCCAUUUAAUAUUUUGCAGAAUGGUGACGGUUGAGUGAGAGAGAGACUAGUCAAGGAGUAUAUGAGAAAAUGAGUUAAGAAUGUGCAGAUAUUUCAGCUAUUUGCUUUCAGCACUAAAGGGAAAAUCUUCUGUGCUCUGCAGUGAGAACUGGGCUGGAUGUAGAUCAGCUUCUGCUCUGCUAGAGGUAGAAGGAAGUCAGGAAAUGUUCUCAAUUUCUUCAAGUUAUUUAUUUUCCCUUGUGGUUAUAUUCUCACCAUCCUGCGGAGGGAGUGAGGGAAGGCAGCAAUCUGCUCGCUGGCCACAACCAGCCCUGCAAGUGAUCACAUACACCUCUUUACAGCAAGUAUCUUUGUACAACUGGUCACAGGAGUUGGCUCCUGUUUCCUGUGACUGAAACCAUAGGCUGGUUGUGUGUGUAUGUGUGUAUAUGUGUUGGGGAGUGGGGUUGGGGUAGCGGGAGGUAAAGAAGUCCAGGUCAGAUACCCUGGUUCCACUGCUGGGACUAGACAUGUCUGCUGAUUGGGUGAAGCAAGUUUGAACUGUCUCAGUGGUGUUUGUGGAUUUGACUGUGAGGUCAAUCAGUGCAAGUUUGGGGAGUGACCACGUGGGCCAGCUCCACUCUCCAAACUCUGUGUUUCCCAUCAGAUUGGGGCAGGCAGCGUUCCCUUAUCUGCAGGCUCUAGGCUUCUCCAGAAUGGUGGUAGGAAUCAGGACUCAACUGCAACCACUCAAUGGCCUGGCAGCUGAGCUCCAGCCGAGGAAUUAGAGAGAAUGUUAUUUCUGGCAAAUGGAAUAAGUGAGCAUUCCCACAGUUUUUUCCUUGUACAUGUUUUGUUUAGUCUGUUUUUUCUUGAUGGACCUGAAACCUGGAACAGCUGGUUCUGUUACUGUCUCAAGUUAUUUUUGCUUGCUGUGAGAUCAGUGUGUCCUGCCUAGAUUCCAUACCAGUGACAAUCAGUCAAACAUCAUCACUUCCUUCGGUGGGCAGUCUGUUCCAUCUCUGUCUCCAGACACUGAAUCCAGUCCAGACUGAGUUUCCCAGUAUUAGUGUUGACAGGCCCACCUUUUGCACAAGACCCUAAGUCCUGUCCGAUAGGUGUGAAAGAUCCCAUGGCAAUAAUAAAUGAUGAGCAAUUCACUUCUCCAUGAAAUCCAGGCCAAUAUUAACCAAAUCCUAAUCUAGAUUCGCCUGGUCAUUUCCUCAUUACAGUCUGUUGGACCUUGGGACAAUGUUUCCAAUAUCACAGCGUUUCCCAAUACCUCAUUGGCUAUUAAGUGCUUUGAAACACCCUGAAGUCACGAAAGGUGCUAUAGAAAUACAAGUCCUUGUUUCUUUCCACUUCAUCCCCUCAUUCACUUGCUCUCACUGUCUCUUGCCCAUCUCCCACAGCUCUUAUUGACAUUGCCAGAUUAACUGAACUGCCAUUAAUGAUUUAAAGGUUAAAUAGCAAACUCAAUAGAAUAACUGAAGGAAAAUUCACUAACUUUUGUUUUAAGUGCAAUUUGCAGCAUUAAGUAUUGAAUGGGUAAUUGGUACAGUUGUGAGAAGUGGUUUAGCAGUGACUGGGAACUUCUGAAUGGAAGAUCAAACUGUUCCUGAGGAUAUGAUUUAACAGCUUUUGUUUGUGGCGUACCAAUUCUGCGCAAGACCCUUUACUGAGAUGCAUCUAGUCUCUGGUUGCUUAGUCAUCCAAGGACACCUAUCUCGCCCCUGUACAGUUUGAGGUAAUUUCAUUAAAAGUGUCGCUUUACUGAGCUUCAUCUGACUUGCAGAUUUCUCAAACUGUAGCCCACCAAACACUGGACGAAGCGCCCACCAUGAGGUUCAGGCAGUAGACAGCCAUUCAGCCCCUUGGGCCUGCUCCAGCAUUGACAGAUCUGCAAUUUCAUUUGACUACCAUAGCUCCGUGUCCCUCAACACCCUAACCCAGCAAAAAUCUAUCUAUCUCGUACUCGAAAGCUCCAGUUGUAGGCAGGAGGUGAGGGAUCCAGAUUUUCACUGAUCAGUUGAGAAAACAACGUAGGAAGAAUUCUGAACACUCCAGGUUGCUGAACUGAUCUAUUUGCACUCUUGGCUUGUUGUUCUACACUGUCCAUUGUUAAGAAUAUAGUGACACUCAUUCUGUGCUGGUGCACGUUCUGUCAUUCAGAGGUGCUGAGCCCAACUCAAUGUAGGAACCUUGUUGUUUUCCUUCCUCAACCUUUCUCCAAGUAUUUGUUUUCAAAAUGAAAAAUGUCCUCAACUUUUUUAGAAUAAUUAUGCAAUAAGGCGUGUGAACUGCCAGAAGCCAAGAGCUUGUGUGUCUAGCCUUUGUUUAAUCUUAUCGUUUUUUUGCUUUUAAUGUAUUGUAACUGUGGCUAAUUGGAGGAGUUUUUGAAGUUGCUUUUAUCUGUGAUAUUUAAUGCAAUUAUGCCAAGUUUUUAUUUGUGGUGCCAUCCCCGUUUGCUCCGUCCCCACCUAAUCUCUCCUUGCUGUAAUGUGUGUUGGUGAUUACCACUGAGUUCCUGUUUAGCUGUGGCAUAGUGAUGGUAAGAACAGCAAGAGCAGAUGACAAGGACAUCCAUGAGUAUUUGUGUGCGUCUGUUUUUCUUUCAUUUAAGAUUUCGUAUUUUUAAUGAUUUAAUUAUGUCUGUAUAAUACUGUUUAAAACUAAAGUUCUUUUUAACAAUA